AUGGCGGCACUCGCCUCUGGGAGGAGGGAGGAGGCCGCCCCCACUGACUGGGUCCGGACCUCUGGCCUCGGCACCAUCCCCUGGAGGGCUCGGGCUUGUGGGGACCGGGCUUGGCCACUGGAGCUUCUCGGCACCCACACUGCCACCUACGGGGAUCCUGCCCGGGCACUGCCCGCUCCAGAGAGUGCGUGGUGUUGGGGUCGGGGACUCAGCUCUUGCAGGGCCAGGGAGCCGCAGAAGCUUCUGUCCACAGCGCUGUCCUGCUUUGGCCUCCUGCACUCGGUCCACAUUCUCCCCGAAGAUGUGGUAGCCCGGCCUGUUUUCUACGCCGUCGACAGAUUUUACUCAGCCAGAGAUGCCAGAAGAGCCCAGAAGGCCUGCAGUGGGAGGUCGCUGGUUCAGAGCGCCCCGAUGAAGGUUCAUCUUGGGAAGAGACAUACAGCAGCUCGACAUGAGACCCUUCCCCUGAGCAGCACACAGUGCUGAGAUCUGGCAAAUUGCUACUUUGGUUUCAGUGGAUAGUCAAAAAGGAUCAAGCUACAGGAGCUUUCUGAUCCUGAAGGAAGGGAAGAUGAAGCUCUUGUGGUCGGCACCGCUGGGGAAGCAGAGCCCGAAGUGCUGUGCGCCCUGGAGGUGGUGCUGGAGUCCUGGGUGGCGGUUGUGGAGGAGCUGGAGGAGCUGGAGGAAGGGCCGAUGGCACCGCUUAUGAAAAGGAAGGUAACCCAGAAGCUUGCUGUUCAGAAGGCUUUGUCAGACGUGUUCCAGAAACUGCAUUGUGGCUUUGAAGAGUGCCUUGGUCGGGACUCCCUGGAGAACCCAGAUGAGCCUCCAGAGCCCCAGGACAAACUGCACCUCCUCAGUGCCAGCUGGAGGCCCUGGCUCUCCACACAGAGCUUCCCCAGUCCAAUCCUCUUCUCCUCAGCAAGAAACCUCAGGUCAGCUCUCCCAGCACCCCAGCACCCGAGGAAGGGAACCUUCUUCCACCCAGCAGGAGGCCAGGGCCAGUGUGACCUUGCUGCUGCAGAGCGUGUGGAGAGGCCAAUGGUGCCUCAGGAGGUGAAAGCUCCAUCUCCAGGUAGGAGGGAAGCUCGUCACUCACCCUCGCCAUUGGUCACAGUUAACGUGGCUGUGGAGGACAUGAGGACCACGCAGGCUGGGAAGGAGGCUCAACUUACUCCAAGCCAGCUGCGGGCCCCCACCUCACCACCAGAGAGUCUGCAAGAAGUGGAACCUUGUCCAACCCAGCAGGAGACCCCCAUCUCAGCCUCCCUGCUCUCUUGA